GUCUACUUUAUAUUAAUAAUUUAUAAUCAUCAAUUAUCAAUUUAUAAUCAUCUUUAAUGAUGUGGGUUCAUCACUACAAGCAAUUUGUUUCACAUUACACAUAGAAAACUGUUCCCCUUUAAGUUGGAAUUGAAUUAAACAGCGCUUUACCACUCCUUCAGUCAUUUGAUCCAUUGUUGAUAUUCAAUAAGAGUUUAAAAUUGAACUGAAUUCUAAAUCAAAUGCAAAAAUGUAUCAGCUAUAAUAAACCACAGUAGCUCCUCUUAUACCGAUUACAUUAAAAAUGAAAUAUCCUACCACAAAUUAGUCCUACAGACAGCCUUUACUAGCCAACUGAGCUUUCACAGGCACAAGAAUUUCCAAUUUUCAGUGAAUGUAGUAACACACAACAACACACAUCAGCAAAAACCAUCUGCUAUAUUUAGUGCAAAUAUGUUGUAAAGAAUCUGCACAGUUUUUAUUAGAGUUGAGCUUAAAGUUCCCAGCAUGUGGAUGUGAUUAAACUAGUGAUGACAGUAAAAAAGUUAUAAUAAAAGUUAAAAUAAAAUAGCAGAGUUUGAACUGACCAAAAAGCAGAGAGAGCAGAUGAAGAGAGGGAUUACAUAAAGAAACCUGUUUGACAACCUUGAUGAGAGUCCAAUGGCAUUUUAACUGUGGAAAACUUGCAAUGUUGAUGGGAAUGUGCCCCCCCUAUUUAAUUUAGUUAUUUGAUACCAGCAAAAGUAGUUCUAAAAAUACCUUCUGUUACUGGUAGCACAUUCUGUGUAAGCUUUUAAGCUUUUAUCUGUGUUGAAAUCAAACACAUCCUGACUCACUAAUGAACUGAAAUAAUGUACUCUGACUAAGCAUUUCCCAUCUUGUCUAUAGCUUAGAAUGUGAAUUGUCAUCCUUUGAGAAAAGAGUAAUUUCACUAACUAGAAGCUGAUCCAUACAGCAGUUAAACUAAUUGCCAACUAUUCAUAAAGAAGUGGAUUGUCAACCUAAUUCGGCAUUGUGGAAUGUCACUGCAGAUUAUUUCAAUUGUAUGAUGUGUUUUAUGAUUUAGUUUGUAGUGUCUAUUAUAUUGUGUAUUUUGUGUGUCUGUGACUUAGCUGGUUUUUCAGGUUAUAUGAAAGUAUCCUGUGUCACCUAUGCCUUGUCACUCCCUCUAUAGCUCAGGGAGGAGUCAUUUUAAAACAGAGCACAGUUUGCAAUCACAGACAAAUUACUUGUCUGUACCUGGAGUAGUGAGAAGUAACACCAGUCAUCAUGGAAAGAAAAAUUCUUUGUUGGAUAUUUUUGCUUGGAUAUUUACAUGCAUCCUCUGGACAAAUUGAAGCCCAAGGAACUACAACCACUGACCCAGGUACAAACACUGCAACUUCUACUACAACUUCACACACAACCACAACUGCAGCUUCAACCACCACAAGCUUGGAAUCACUGGCACAUCUACAGAUGAAGAUGACUUCCUACGGAGAGGUCAGCAAUGGAACCAUCAUUGAACUUGUUAAACAGUUCUUCAGGAGUGAGCAGCUCCUGAAUGGAACAGCCCACACAGUCACCGUGACAAACAUUCAAAGGGUUAGAGUUGCAACCACAGUCCCAAGCUACACCACAACAUCCCUGAACACAAUAACUACACCUCAAACAACCACACCCACAGUUACCUCACCCCCAAGCACUACAACAUCACCAACCACACCCAUAACAACCACAACUACCACAAACCUAAGCUCAACAACCACACCACCAAACACCACUACUACAACAACUACUACCGCACCUGGGGUUCCAGCCACCACAACUCCGGCUGGUUCCAGCCACCUGCGGCUCCAGCCACCUCAACUCCGGCUGGAACCUGGGGUUCCAGCCACCUCAACUCCGGCUGGAACUACCGCACCUGGGGUUCCAGCCACCUCAACUCCGGCUGGAACUACCGCACCUGCAGCUCCAGCCACCUCAACUCCGGCUGGAACUACCGCACCUGGGGUUCCAGCCACCGCAACUCCGGCUGGAACUACCGCACCUGCAGCUCCAGCCACCUCAACUCCGGCUGGAACUACCGCACCUGCAGCUCCAAGUACCACAAACAUUUUCAUUUAAGGCUAUAUGACCAUUUCUGCACUGUCAUAGCCAAACCAUUAUAGGUUUUGCUUAGAUUUAACACUAGAUUUAUAACACAAGAUUAGCAAUUAUGUUAUUUUAUGUUGUAUUAUGCCCUUUUGAAAGACAAAGAGAUAUCAAAGAGACAUAUCUAGUUGUAGCACUCGGCUUUUUGUUUUCUUUAAUAAAUCAUUCGAAAAGUUUAUUCAACAUUUGAUUUUAAAGCAAAUAGAAUUAUAUGAAUACAUUAGUUGUCGAGCUCUGCUUUAAAACAUUAUGUGAAAAUACAAAAAGAGAUAGUAGAGUGAAAGUUUUGCUAUUGUGUAAAACAUUUCCAGUAUUCAAACUGGCUAUUCUGUAAGAUGUCAAAAAGAGGCAGUCUGAAAAUGUAUGUGUGCUGGAGGUGCAUGACUUUGGAAGCAGUAUCUACAGUAUAUUGGAAUAACUAUUAAAAGAUCAAAACAAAACAUGGAUGACAAUCUUAAAUUGAAGAAUGCAUCUAUGACAGUAUAGUAUGUCAACACAAUUAAUCAUAUCUGAUCAACUAUAGCCAAAACUCCUAACCCCUGUUAUGCUCACCAUCUCCUCCCACUCUUCUAAAAAGACAUUGUAGUUCCCAUGACACGAAAGUAAUUACAGUAUGUGCACAGCUGCUAUUAUACAUCUGACUCUGAAUGAAUAAAGCCUUAAACAAUACAAA